AUGGAACACGGGCACCACCACAAAGAUCAUGGACGUGAGGCAGCACACGUAGAAAUAAACCAAGCUCUUAGGCAAAAAUUGGACUCUGCAAAGCUUACCAACGAAUCCAAGGUUAACAAUGUUUUAAGACUUUUGACGUUACUCGGCCAUCACCAAACUCAAACUGGAAAAUUUCCAGAAGAAGACGAGUGGGAGUAUGGCGAACAUAAAGAAGCUGAAUGGGCGCAUGAAUGGCCAUGUGGUCCUCAUCAAUCUCCAAUCAACAUAGACCCCCACGCAAUCAUUAACGCCUCCGACAUCUUAAAGAACCGCUGGUAUUUCCCCCUCAACAUCAAUUAUUCUCCACAUACAGCCAAAGGGGAGUUCAACCCAAGAACCUUCAUUGUGAGAGGAAACUUUGGCAGCCUUCUAGUAAACUCGCUGUUUGAAGAAAACCCUCGUAUUUUCGACAUUGCGCAGUUUCACUUCCAUGCAAGCAGCGAGCACUUGUUAUAUGGGCAGAGAUAUGACCUUGAGCUACACGUUGUGCAUAAAGAAAGGUCGAAUCCAUCAAAUCUCCUUGUGUUUGGGUUUUUCUUUAGAAAUGAUGGCAGAGCAAACCCAUUCUUGGAAAAUGUGAUCAGAAGCGAGGCAGAGCCUACUUCUAUCGAUAUGAAUUUGAUGAUCCCGAAGAUGAAAUGCUUGUAUUUCUAUGAAGGGUCAUUGACUACUCCUCCUUUGUUUGAGCCUGUACUUUGGUUUUUGAAUCCUCAUCUGAACUCAAUCAAUAGUGAGCAGCUGGAGUUUUUCACACGGCAUUGGAGUGGAAACCAUAGCUUUGCUGGAGGGAAAGGAAACUAUAGAGAAGCGCAGCCUUUGAAUGACAGGUCAAUUAUUCAUUUCGAAUAA